AUGUCCAACAGCAAGCGACGCUCGUCGCUGUUGCCUCCUCUUCACCAGUCCUCUUUGUCCUCUGCUUCCUCUUCCUCAGGGAACAUCAAUAACACAAACGGGGACAGGAACGACCCCGAAUACUCCUCGCCGUCGUUGCCCUUCUCGCCUUACACCCCUCCAACCUUACUCUCGCAGCGAUUCAACCAUGAGUCCGACAAUGAGGACGGGAACAAUGACUCGUACGACGAUGAUCCCGACGACAGUGACCGCACCGAAGGCUCUGAAAUCACGCCUUCCAUGGCAAAGGCCAACGCAGUCUCCUCCUCUGCUCGACUCAGGGCACCCAAGCGACCUACUUAUGAUCACAGGCAUGAUCGGUGCCAGCAGAGGGUAUAUCUCGAGGAGGAAGAUGUGGAGUUGAUCUUCACCGGACACAGAUUCCGCAAGCAUCGCCUCUACCUCUACUACAUCUUCUGUGUCCUCUCCUUCGGCAUCAUCUUCCUCCUCGGUCGCUGGAUGCCCCGUCACUACAUCGCCUUUGUCGCCCAAAAGUGCGAAAUGAACCAUGCCGAAUUCAUUGUUGUCCAGAACGAGUGGGGCCAGCUAGCAAUGGAGUCGGUGUUCACAAAGUACUAUGGAGGUCCGAUCGACUCGGUCUUCAGUCCCGAGCAGAUGGAGAAGUCAGAGGACGACGAACGCUAUGAUGACACCGUGACGACAGGAACUCUGCAUGAUAUGCGCUACUUUGACUACCAGUACAUCCGCUUCAUCUACAACCCCUCGGCCCAGGCGUUCAUGCAGAACUCGCAAUGGAAGGACUCGGACUGGAACAUGGCCGCCAACUGCGAGCGGGGCAUUGGACGGGAGACUCAUCAGGAACGCACCAUGGUCUUUGGAUACAACCUCAUUGAUGUUCAGGAAAAGACUAUCGCACAGCUGCUCGUUCAGGAAGUUCUCCAUCCAUUCUACGUCUUUCAAGUGUUUUCGAUGGCUCUCUGGUUCGCCGACGAUUACUACUACUAUGCCGCAUGUAUUCUUGUCAUCUCCACGGUCUCUGUCGUCACCGAGUUGGUUGAGACCAAAAAGACCAUGAAGAGGAUGCGCAGCAUGUCCCGCUUUACCUGCAACACCAAAGUGUUCCGCUCUGGACGCUGGCGCUACAUUGGAUCAGAGGAGCUGGUACCGGGAGAUGUGUUUGAGGUGACGGACUCGGACUUGACAGUGUUCCCCUGCGACGCCGUUUUGCUGACAGGAGACUGUAUCGUCAACGAGAGUAUGCUCACAGGAGAAUCCGUCCCCGUCUCCAAGAUCCCUAUCACGGACGCCGCCUUGCAACACAUGGAUCUGUCUCUCGCCAAUAUACCCUCAGAAAUUGCCCGCCACUUUUUGUUUUCGGGAACCAAGAUUGUUCGUGCUCGACCUGGUGUCGCCAAACAGCCCGCAGUAACUGACGCCGCCGACGAAGAAUACGGGACUACUCCGCCCAUGCGUGGAUUGGCUAUGGUGGUUCGGAUUGGAUUCAACACCACCAAGGGAACCUUGAUCCGAUCGAUGCUGUUCCCCAAGCCCAACGAUUUCCAGUUUUAUCGCGACUCUUUCCGGUUCAUUGGAAUCCUCGCCAUGAUUGCCUGCUUCGGAUUCUUGGUCUCGACUGUCAACUUUGUCCGCAUGGGUGUCCCCUUCAAGGCCAUGAUUGUCAAGGCGCUGGACCUCAUUACUAUUGUCGUCCCACCUGCCCUCCCAGCCACCAUGUCGAUCGGUACCAGUUUUGCAAUUGCUCGACUCAAGCGGUCCAACAUCUUUUGUAUCUCCCCCACGCGUGUCAAUAUUGGAGGCAAGAUCAACUGUAUGUGCUUUGACAAGACUGGAACCCUGACCGAGGAUGGGCUCGAUGUGUUGGGUGUACAAUGCCCUGAUAGUGAGACGGGCAAGUUUGGCGAGAUGUUGAGUAACGUCGACGAGAUGCAUCAAGCACCGACUUCUGUUUUGGAGAAGAGUAUGGCGCUCUUGUUUGCAAUGACGACUUGUCACUCUGUCAAGUCUCUCAAUGGCGAGUUGAUUGGUGACCCAUUGGAUCUCAAGAUGUUUGAGUUUACGCAGUGGACUUUGGAGGAGGGUGGACUCGGCGCACGGACAGCCAGUGUCUCGGAAUCGGCUCAGGGUGUCUCAGGUGGAAACGGAAUUGUUUCGACUGUAGUUCGACCUCCAGGUGGCAAGCAGUUCAACCUCGACGACAUGAUUGCCAAGCACAACAACACCUCCCAGUUCUCUGAUUCCAACGAAAGCGGCGCGUUUUUGGAGUUGGGAAUUAUUCGGUGCUUCGAGUUUGUCUCUCAGUUGCGCAGGAUGAGUGUCAUCGUCAAGCGACUCCACAGCCCCGGCAUGGACAUCUUCGUUAAGGGAGCGCCUGAAGUCAUGACCGACAUCUGCAUCAAGGGCUCCCUUCCACUUGACUACCAGGAACGCCUCGCCUUCUAUACUCACCACGGAUACCGUGUCAUUGCCUGUGCCUACAAGGCCAUGCCGACCCUCAACUUUAUCCGCGCCCAGCGACUCAAGCGUGAACAGGCCGAGGCGGAUUUGACGUUUUUGGGGUUCAUUGUUUUUGAGAACAAGUUGAAACCGACGACGGCGCCUGUUAUUGCGACGCUGGGGAAUGCACGGAUCCGGCAGGUUAUGUGUACGGGAGACAAUGUCUUGACGGCCAUCAGUGUUUCGAGAGAGUGUGGGCUUAUUAAUAAGGCGAGAGAGGUGUAUGCCCCUCGUUUUGUUUCUGGAGAUUCUGUUACGGAGACGUCUGAGAUUGUCUGGGAGAACAUUGAUAACGAGCGCAUGACCCUCGACCCCUUCACCCUCAAGCCGGCGACGACGUGGUCGGAUGGAUCGAGCCUUGGACCAGAGUUCCCGCGGUACAGCCACAUGAUGAACGACUAUGUCCUCGCAGUGACAGGAGACUGCUUCCGCUGGAUGGUCGAUUAUGCUUCCACCUCGACUCUGAACAGAAUGUUGGUCAAAGGGCAGAUCUUUGCACGCAUGUCGCCAGACGAGAAGCAUGAGUUGGUUGAACAUCUGCAGGCGAUUGGAUACUGUGUCGGAUUCUGUGGAGAUGGCGCUAAUGACUGUGGAGCUUUGAAGGCUGCGGAUGUGGGAAUCAGUUUGAGUGAAGCUGAGGCCUCUGUUGCCGCACCUUUUACGAGCCGAUCGAACGAUAUCGCCUGCGUUGUCAAAGUCAUCCAGGAGGGAAGGGCGGCGUUGGUGACGAGUUUCAGUUGCUUCAAGUACAUGGCCCUGUACAGCAUCAUCCAAUUCACAACCGUUUCCUUCCUCUACGCCUUUGCCUCCAACCUGGGUGACUUCCAAUUCCUCUACAUCGACCUCGUCCUCAUCCUCCCCAUCGCAGUCUUUAUGGGCCGCACCGAAGCUUUCCCCGUCCUCCACCCCAAACGCCCUACCGCCAACCUUGUCUCCAAAAAGGUUCUGACAUCGCUCAUCGGACAGAUCUUAAUCCAGUCCUUGUUCCAAGGGUGUCUGUUUGUGGUUGUCAGGCAUCAGCCUUGGUAUACCCCACCGGAUUAUGACCCUGCGGAGAAGAAUAUUGAUUGUAUUGAGAAUACGGUGUUGUUCUUGUUGAGUUGUUUCCAGUAUUUGCUGGUCGCUAUUGUGUUCAGUGUUGGGCCGCCUUACCGCAAGCCCAUGGCCUCCAACCGCCCGUUCGUGUUGAUCACAGUAACACUUGUACUCACCUCGGCAAUCAUGGUCCUCUUCUCAACUGCAUGGAUCACCGAACUCAUGCAACUCAUCCAUAUCCCUUUCUCAUUCCGGGUCCUCAUCGUCGUCAUGGCAGGACUCAACCUUGCCCUUUCCCUCGUCUGUGAAGCGUGGGUCUUCCCCCGGUUUUCCAAACUUGUGGGUGAAUGGUGGGGAGGUAGGAAGGCGAAGAAGGAGGCGAGGUACCAGCAGGAGCAGGACGUCUUUGCGUCUCCUCCUUUGCAGAAUGUUGGUGGUCGCGGUGGUGGGGGUUAUGGAACCCAGGAUCUGACGCAGCGGACAGGGCAUCAGGGGCAUCAGAGUGUGGGCAUUGAUGUUGAUGGUGGUGGUGGUGGUGGUGCUGGUAGUGCGGGUGCGGCGGCGGUUGCUGGACAUCCGGUACCCAAGAAAACGUUGAAGAAGAAGUCUUCUGUCAAGAUUUACAAGAUGGUUGAGGACGAGAUGAUGGGCGCAUAG